UGGUGAGCGUCGAGGCUUUUGCUGCUUUUGCCCCGCCCAUCUCCGCCAACAGGGCCAAUAAUUUUACAUCUUAUUUGCAUAUGGACCAAUAGAAAGGGAAUGAUUUGCAUAUGAGGUCCAUAAAAACACGCGUCUAACGGCGACUCUUUCAAACUAGUGGACGUGCUCAACUCACUCAGGGCUUUCACCAGGACUAAACUAAACUUUAGUUUGCAAUUAUUAUUUUAUAAAACCUGAAUAAAUAUUUAGCACUUGUCCUUAAGCGAAUAUGGGAAGAGAAAACACUGUUUUGCUCAUCAUCUGGAUGUAUUUUUUGAGUCUUUCUUCCAGUUUUUCAACCACAAUUGCUCCAACAGUGGAAACAAGCGCAUUCAGCAACAUCACAACCAACUCUACAGACUGGAUGGUGGACUUCAGCGACAUUGAGUCCAAAUUUGCUCUGAGAACAAUCGAGGAACCAGAGGAAGAUCUAUGCUACAUCGCUCCUGGCCAGCAGGACACCAUUAAAGAGUGCAAUUUCAAUCCAGACACCAAGACUUUUAUAGUCAUUCAUGGCUGGACAGUUACUGGCAUGUAUGAGAGCUGGGUUUCCAAACUGGUGACGGCGCUGUUUGAACGCGAGCCAACGGCCAACGUUAUUGUGGUGGACUGGCUGGUCCGGGCACAGCAACAUUACCCAACCUCAGCUGCCUACACCAAGCCGGUGGGCCGGGACGUGGCCAAGUUUGUCAACUGGCUACAGGCCGAGCUGGAGUAUCCAUGGGAGAAGCUUCACUUCCUGGGCUACAGUUUGGGUGCUCAUGUAGCUGGCAUCGCAGGACUCCUCACAAAGAACAAAGUCAGCAGGAUCACAGGCAUGGAUCCAGCUGGCCCAAGCUUUGAGUAUGCUGACGCCCAGAGCACGCUGUCCCCAGAUGAUGCCCAGUUUGUUGACGUACUCCACACCAACACACGUGGCUCUCCAGACCGCAGCAUCGGCAUCCAGAGGCCCGUGGGCCACGUGGACAUCUACCCCAACGGAGGGACGUUCCAGCCAGGGUGUGAUCUGCAGAACACCAUGAUGAUGGUGGCUACUUCAGGGUUGAGAAACAUGGACCAGAUUGUGAAAUGUUCCCAUGAGCGCUCCAUCCACCUCUUCAUUGACUCCCUGGUCAACAUGAAACAGCAAAGCAUGGCGUACCGCUGUAGCUCCAAGGAGACCUUCAAUAAGGGUGUAUGUCUGAGCUGCCGCAAGAACCGCUGCAACAAGGUGGGCUACGAAGUCAACAAGGUGCGCAGCCGCCGCAGCAGCAAGAUGUAUAUGAAGACCAGAGAGAUGAUGCCCUACAAAGUUUUCCACUACCAAGUUAAAGUCCACUUCUUCAGCAACACCAAAAUAAGCUAUACAGAUCAGCCCAUGAAGAUUUCCCUGUAUGGCUAUUCUGGGGAGAAGGAGAACAUCCCCUACAUUAUGCCUGCUUUGAAAACCAACACCACCAUCUCCUUCUUACUCACCACGGAUGUAGACAUCGGUGAGCUGCUGAUGGUGAAGCUGCUCUGGGAGAAGGACACCAUCCUCAGUUGGCCCUGGUGGAAUCCAGACACUUUCCACAUUCGCAAGCUGCGCGUAAAAUCUGGGGAAACACAGUCCAGAGUGAUCUUCAUUGCCAAGGAAGGUGAGUUUGCCUACCUCACCCGUGGAGGGGAAGCUUCCAUGUUUGUGAAAGACAAAGAAGCUCAGUCAAGCCACAAAAAUAAAAGAUUGCACAAGUUGAAGAUACACGGCAGCUCAUUCAAAAAUACUGCCAUAGAUGCUUAGAGAUGCCCUCGCACUGCCACCAUUUUGCCGGAAACUGAGAGGAACCUGCUGAAACCAGCCUGGGAGAGAGACGGUGCAGUUUCUGUACAUUCUGAUCCGAGCAAGUUAGCUCAGAUAGUAGCAUUUAUGUGACCUUCACCCAUAAGCACAUCCUGUAAGGAAUUCUACUUGUGAUAACCUUUAACUGCUGAGCAGUUUAAAUAAAAACGCCUAACUUCUGAUUACCACUCAGUAUUAUCGAUUAGUUGAACUUUAUCUGAGGUCACUGGCGCUCAGAGUAGAGCCAGAACUUGAUGUGACUGGAGCCUAACCACUUCUCAUUGGCUGUAAAUAGGCAUGUGACUAUGAUAAAAUUGGACCAUUCAACAAAUAUCAUGAAGGAAAUGCUGCUGAGGUUUGUUUAUAGUUGACAAAGCUGACCAAUGAGACCAGCAAAGAUGUUAGUGAUGGGCAAUAAUGAUAGGAAAAUCAUGCACAUGCCUAGAUGCUUAAUAUUUCUUUAAAUGAAAGAUAAGAAGUCCUUUAUUGUUAUGCAAUAUAUAUGUGCGUAUAUGUAAGUAAACUCUUACACUGUUAUAAUGUGUGUAUUGAAUUUCUGUCAGCGUUGGUCAAACCGAAGCGAAAGGAAUAAACAAUGUAGGGCAAAGUGGGCGUUAUAUGGGAUUGUAUUCAGCUCACAGGGGCAUCGUAUGCCUAACUGACUGACUCACUGAGUCACUGACUGACUGAUUGACCCAUUGACUGACUGAUUGACUUAAUGAGUCACUGACUGACUGAUUGACUCAGUGAGCGACUGACUGACUGAUUGACUCACUGACUGACUGGCCAAUUGAUUUGCUGACUGACUGAUUAACUUACUGAUUGAUUCACCGAGUCACUGUCCGAUUGACUCACUGCGUCACUGACUGACUCACUGACUGACUAGCUCUGAAGGUGAAACCACCUGAUGAAGGGAAAUCAAAUAUGUUUAUGUCCCUGUUUAUCUGCCUACAUAACAAUCAACCACUGAGUGUCCUUGAUCACAGUGACGUGCUUGACAUUGCCAUGUUCAGGUAGUUUAUAAUGCCGUGACACUAGGCUUUGUGUAUAAGAUGUCAUGGUGAAAUUUUAUAGAGUAUAAAAGAUGCACAACACUCAAAAUCUCUUUCAAACACUGAAGCCAACUAAAACCUAUUCAUUACCUAUCAGAUACACUUAAUGGUGUAGGCAUGUUGACCACUUGCUAGCAUGGGACCAAAUAUUCUCUUAGCUGAAUCUAUAUACAGAAAUGAUCAGUGUAAAUAUGUUUAAUUGUUCUAUAUUCGGAGAUGUGCAAGUUUAAGUUGUUUUUGUGUCCGUGUUUGAGUUACUGUGUUUGGCACAGGUCACUUUAUAGGCUUGGAUUAGUUUCCUGUUUGAUCCAUUCAUCACUUAAUGUCACAAUCAGAUGUUUUCAUUCAUUUGAUCACUUGUUCACAAUUCAAUCAAAAGAUCACUCAAGACCUAAAAUGUAUUUAUCUAAACUGUUUGAGGCAUGCAAAAGUUUAGGUUUUGAUUGAUUAAUCAUACACUUAAUAUUGCCUCAUAAUGUGAUCAUCUGCCAGAUUGUUGAGAAUUAAAGGAAUUCUGAACAUGCUUCUGAACACUUCCUGAUUGUGACUUAAAUAGGUAAACUAUACAGAAUUCAUUAUCUGUGCUGUUAUAGUUCCCAGCAUGCACCAGAAACCUAGUCCUGAGGAAAUCAUAAAUUAAAUAGACCUCAUGAAGAUGAAUUUCCUCCAUAAGAGCUAUAAAUACAACAGGAUUAUUUAUUAAAUGUAUAUAUUUGUACAUUAGCCUUGUAUAAACAAUGUAUACCCUUGAGAUCAUUCAUCAUAUUAAUAUGCAAUGCACUGCAUAAGUAUAUUUUAAUAAAGAGUAUGUUGCAUUAUAA